AUGUUGCCACCGAUCCCCGACUGCUACCACGAGUACGAGCCGAUUCCUUUCGAGUCAGGUCGGCCACCCGUCGUGCUUUUGGGCGACGUCGCGUUCUUGAACGACCUCUUUGAUCAUCAGUGCUCGACGUUCGAGGCAAUGACGAUCGAGCCCAUCAUGAUUUGCGUCUCGGCCACCGCCGACCUGCCGCCCGUUCGACCCGCGCGGUCGCUCAGCACCUGCAGCAGCGUGAGCUUUGGCACGGACUCGGAAGACGGCGACGCGCUCGCCAAGAAGGUGUGCUCCGUGCCCGAGUGCCACCGCGCGGUGCGGUCACGCGGCGUCUGCAAGCGCCAUGGCGGCGGCAAAAAGUGCAUUGUCGCCAACUGCGGCAAGGAAGCCCAGAACGGCAGCUACUGCGUCGGCCACGGCGGCGGCAAGUCGUGCAAAAUCGACGGCUGCGUGAAUGCGUCGCAGUCCCAAGGCCUCUGCAAGGCCCAUGGCGGCGGUGCGCGUUGCAAGUACGCAGGCUGUGACAAGAGCUCGCAAGGCGGCGGACUCUGCCGGGCCCAUGGCGGUGGCAAGCGCUGCAACGAAGACGGCUGCAUGAAGGGCGCCCAGCGCGGCAACAAGUGCGCACGCCAUGGCGGCUGCCGGACGUGCACGAUCGGCGACUGCAACCGGACCGACCGCGGCGGCGGCCUCUGCGAGAUCCACCGCCAGGAAAAAUGUGCAAAGUCGCCGGCUGCAAGCGCCUCGGCAAGAGCCUUGGCUUGUGUACGCCCCAUAUUCGCGACUUUCGAGCCCAAGACGCACACUAAGUCCAGCGCCCGCUUGGUGUAA